AUGGCUCUCUUCACAGUUCGGUAUCUCAGCGUUCACACUGGCUCUCUCUCUCCCUCUCCACAGAUGUCUGCUGACUACCGCUUCGAGGCAGACAGAGAGGUUCCUGGCGGACAGAGAGAGAGAGAGGCGGUCAGAGUCUUCAGCAGUGUCUGUGCUGGACAGCGCACAGCGGCAGUCCGAGUCUUACGCAGAAUUACGCGCCGAAACGCACUGCGGCUGGACAGCGCUAGAUGUAGACAGGCACUCGGGAAUCCACAGACAGAGGGUACACAGAGGCUUGACGGUAGACACACCACUCGGGAGAGACUGACAGCGGGGCAGGGAUCUAAAGGGGCAAGGCAGCAGAGAGCACGCGCAUAUGAUCUGCUCUGUGCCAUCGUGCUGGACCAGAGCAUUCCUGUUUAUGUGUGCUGUACGAGUGAAGCAGAAGAGACUCAUGUGUUCAGUAGUCCAGGUGAAAAUGUCGCUCUGCCCUGUAUUAAUGUUCUUUCUGACUGCACCUCAAGUACAUGGAUCUACAACAAACAUACAUCAUCAGCUGCAGUAGAACUGAUUUAUGGAGGAAUAAAGAAGAAGCGCAUAGAGAGAGCUGAGAGACUGAGUCUGGGGUCUGACUGCUCUCUGAACAUCUAUAAAACAACAGAAGAAGAUUGUGGACAAUACACCUGCAGACAAUAUGUGAAUGGACAAAAACAUGGAACUGAUGCACAGGUUUAUCUACAUGUUCUUCAUGGUGAUAUUGAGGAUCUUCAGAUGUUCUGGAUGAAUCAGGCUGAUGUUAAUCUACAGACAGACCCCAGAUAUCAGAUAUUAUCAUCAGGACCCUGUAUCAUCACUCUGAGUACAAUACUCCUGAAUGAAGACAACAACAGAGAGUGGAGAUGUUUGGUUAAAAUGAAGAAUGAGAUUAAGACCUCAUUCAGCUAUAUUGUCAAGUUUACAAGAAAAACGUGA